AUGGUGCCGCCGCCGUCGCCGAAGCAGCAGUGCCCAAGCCGCUGCCACGCGGGACCCGCCGCAUCGACGGAUUCUUCCAGAAGGUCACUUAGAGGUGUCUCUCUCCGUGUGCGUUUAUGAACUGCUGCUCCAAGUGGUUGAAAUGUAUUCCUACCCUGCCAUGCGAUGGAAGUAGAACCUAUGAAUUUUGUCAAUCUAAGUAUGCAGUUGUCUUUAACCUUACAAAUUCCUCAUCUCUGGCAAGGAUCUGAUAUGCCAUCGUAUCUUUAUUUAGACUUGUGUAGUGCGAAUUCAGCAGUCGUUUUUCUUGAGCAUUAUGUUUUAGGGCCUGUCUAGAACACAAUAUCUCCUUUACAAUUUUGUAUGCUGCUAAGAGUAAGAGUGCUACCAUCUAAAUAUAUACAAAAUUAAGACUGCUGCUAAAUUCACACUUGCUGGGUAUUACAGAGUACACACCACAGUUCUUUGGUGGUUCACUAGGAUCCAUCCCUUUGUUACAGGCCUGCUAACAAGAGAAACUGAGCAGGAAAUGACAGUCAUUUAUUGGUCCGCAAGAGUUAUGAUUAGGUUUAUAUGUAGCGAUUCAGCAGUUAUUCGGCUGAUGAACACUGUCAUAAGAGUGCUCCAACAAGGUUGCCCUUAGGUAAUCUCUCUGGUUAGGAAGCUAAGACGUGUCGGUCUGAUGCAAACAAGUAGCUGGUUUCCCUCUUGCCUCGGGACAUACUGGCAUCACAAAGUUUACAUGAGUGUAAUCCCACACAAUUUGGGUGUUUGCAUGGGAAACGAAUCAAUAAACAUAUUAAGAUUGGGAUCAGUUUCAAGGAUUACAGAAAUGCUCUGCUCCUAGUUGCAGUUAGUUGGGGGUCUAAAGAGGAUUAUAACCAGUCUUAAGAAAACAAGAUUAGAAUUAGGAACUGCAAAAAUUAAAUGGUUAUAUGUGUCUAAGCGCAUAAAGUUGUAAUGGGUCAAACCGUCAAAGUUGAUUUUCUAUAAUGCUUAUAUAUGCUAAUAACAAGUCAACAUGGCUGAUCUGAUCUCUUAAUUAAGUGGGUACUGACAGGUAUAGAAUGUCUAGUUCUUCAGAAAUUAGAUGCUGAAGAAAGCUGUUUGUGGUAGAAGACCUCCAGAAUUAUAGCAGUUAUAUCAGGACAUAUGAAUGUUGUGAAUCACUGCACCCUAAACUCUCGGGAACUGAUCGCCUAUCCCACGGGGAAGACACUCAUAUGCAGUUUCUGUAUAUAUCAAUACCAGCCGUGCAUUUGACAUUGGCAAGGCAAAGGUGAAGCCUAAAUUGCUGCAUGCCUUCUUCCCUCUGCAUCUCAUAACUUUGUUCAACCAUGGUCUCCUUCUGGAGUUUCCUUCUGUCCUACCCUGAAGUUUUCCUAGCCAUUGCUUGCUUCUUCUGCCUCUCCCUCUUCCGCCUUGUCCGACACUGCCACAAGAGUGACCUCCCGGUGAACUGGCCUGUUAUUGGGAUGCUUCCCUUCCUUGUGAGAAAUCUGUACCAAAUUCAUGACAGUGUCACCGAUAUGCUCCGCGAGGCGGGAUGCACCUUCAGGAUCAUUGGCCCGUGGUUCCUCAACAUGAGCUUCCUGGCGACCUGCGACCCAGCCACUGUCAACCACUGCUUCAACACCAACUUCAACAACUACCCAAAAGGCAGUGAGUUCGCCGAGAUGUUUGACAUCCUAGGUGAUGGGCUCCUUGUGGCGGACUCUGCGUCCUGGGAGUACCAGCGCCGUGUGGCGAUGCAAGUCUUUGCUAGCCGUGCCUUCCGGUCCUUCUCCAUGUCCACCAUCACGAGGAAGGCCGGCACAGUCUUGUUACCCUUCCUUGACCACAUGGCUAAGCAUGGCUCACAGGUUGAGCUGGAGGGUGUCUUCAUGAGGUUCUCACUUGAUGUCUCGUACUCCACUGUGUUUGCAACUGACCUUGACUGCUUGUCUGUGUCUCACCCGAUCCCUGCGUUUGGCCAAGCCACAAAGGAAGUGGAGGAGGGAAUGCUGUUCAGGCAUGUCGUUCCACCAAGUUUGUGGAAGCUCUUGAGAAUGCUCAAAGUCGGCAGCGAGAAGAAGAUGGCGGAUGCAAGGGUGGUGAUCGACAAAUUCAUCUAUGAGGAAAUUGCGAAGCGGAAGGCACAAGCAAACAAGGAAUGCCAGGGAGACGUGCUGUCCAUGUACAUGAACUGGCCCAUGGAUCCCAACAUGAGUGAGCAGCAGAAGACCCUGUUCCUGCGCGACACAGUGGUGGGGUUCAUCUUUGCUGGGAAGGACCUCGUUGCCGUUACACUCACGUGGUUCUUCUACAUGAUGUGCAAGCACCCGCAUGUUGAGGCGAAGAUCCUCGAGGAGAUCAAGGCCCUGCAGAGCACUACAUGGCCAGGGAACCUCUCUGUCUUCGAGUGUGACAAUCUCCGGCCUGCUAUUUACCUGCAAGCUGCACUCCUCGAGACACUCAGGCUCUUCCCGGCGACUCCAUUCGAGGAGAAGGAGGCCCUCAACGACGAUGUCCUCCCAGAUGGUACCAUGGUGAGCAAGGGCACAAGGAUCGUGUUCUCGCUCUACGCCAUGGGGAGGAUCAAAGGGAUAUGGGGCAAGGAUUGCAUGGAAUUCAGACCAGAGCGGUGGAUCUCGAAGAGCAGGCGCCUUCGACACGAGCCAAGCUACAAGUUCCUGUCCUUCAAUUCCGGGCCCAGGAGCUGCCUUGGGAAGGACCUUGGUCUCAGCAACAUGAAGAUGGCAGCUGCUUCCAUCAUAUACAACUUCAAGGUCGAGCUGGUGGAAGGCCAUGCCGUGAUGCCCGAGAGCGCUGUGAUACUGCACACACGGAACGGGAUGAUGGUUAGGCUCAAGAGAAGGGAGCUGACAGCUGCUUGAUCUUUACUGCUAUCUGUUUUCUUACUUGGGUUAUGUAUGUGUAUCGAACAGAACUAAAUGCAGAAUCCAUGAGAUGGAAUGGAAUAACUAAAUAUAAUCUGUUUGCAGUGUUGAGAUUGUCACCAUGACAGGCUAUCUGUUCGUAGUGUUGGAAUUGUCACCAUGUAACAAGCUAUCUGUUCGUAGUGUUGGAAUUGUCACCAUGUCAUGGGAACAGAAUAUUAUGGUGAUUCGUCAUGUGAGUUAUUUUCAUGUAAAAUUGUAUGCAUGUUACUUAUAAAUAUGUACUGUAUCUUAUGUGCAUCUGCCUAUCAAAAGUGCU